UCAUCUCUGCUGAACAUCAAUGAACUUCAGGAACAACAGGUUGAUGAUCUGUAGAAGACAGGAAAAGAGCAGGUGUGGGUGGCCAUUGAUGAGGACAGUGAAGCAGAGAAGAAUCACAUACUGCAUAGUCUGCCCAAAAUCCAGAAUUUGACCAAAGAUCUCUACCAUAUUAGACGUGGACCUGCAGAACAGAAAAUGAGAGAUUUGGAGCCAACAAAUUAUUCUCAUGACUGUCACUAUGACACUGUAUGUAACUGACAUUCCCACAAUUUCCUUAGCUGUCCCUGGAACAGCAACCA